UCUACCAACUGUGUGUGUGUGUGUUUGUGUCAUUUCUCACAGUCUCUUCAACCUGUGACAAGAAGACAUGGGCUGGCAAAAGCAUUAUCUGGAUAAACUGUCCCGCUUCUUCCAGAUCCGCAACCUGCUGCUUCGUCAAGCCCUGGCAGAGUGUCUUGGCACGCUCAUCCUUGUGAUGUUUGGCUGCGGUUCUGUCGCCCAGUUGGUGUUGAGCGGUGGUUCCCAUGGUAUGUUCCUUACUGUCAACUUUGCCUUCGGCUUUGCUGCUACGUUAGGCAUCUUGGUCUGUGGCCAAAUAUCAGGCGGCCAUCUCAACCCAGCAGUAACUUUUGCCUUGUGUCUGCUUGGAAGAGAGCGCUGGAGAAAGUUUCCCAUGUACUUCCUCUUUCAGACAAUUGGUGCUUUUUUUGGUGCUGCUAUUAUUUUUGGCAUGUACUAUGAUGCCCUGUGGGACCAUCCUGCAAGUUUUAAUGUGACUGGACCUGACGCCACAGCCGGCAUCUUUGCUACUUAUCCUGGAAACCAUCUCACCCUUGUCAACGGUUUCUUUGAUCAGAUUAUUGGCACAGCAGCACUGAUAGUUUGCAUUCUGGCCAUUGUGGAUCCUCACAACAACCCCAUCCCCCAAGGGCUGGAGGCCUUCACUGUGGGAUUUGUGGUUCUGGUCAUUGGAUUGUCUAUGGGCUUUAAUUCUGGCUAUGCAGUGAAUCCUGCCAGAGACCUUGGACCACGUCUUUUCACCGCUAUAGCUGGUUGGGGGAGUGAGGUUUUCACGGUUAGACAAGGCUGGUUCCUGGUCCCUGUUUUUGCUCCAUUCCUUGGUACCUUCAUUGGUGUAAUGAUAUACCAGCUGAUGGUUGGUUUCCACAUGGAAGGGGAAGUACGUGACAGGAAAGAGAGCACAGAGCAGGAGACUGUCCGACUCACCAAUGUGACUUCCAAAGACAACUCCAGAGAGGCUGUGAAAGAAAGAAAUGAGUGUUAGUCCGUUAGAGAAAUGUCACUUAAAAAAACAUGCACUUGUAACUACAUAGUAUCCCACCCUCACUUACUUCCUGACACAACUAUUGUUCUCAAACAAUUGUUUCUGUUGGGACUUCUCCCCAGAUAGAUGUCAGAUUACCUUCUGUACAGUUGCAUGUUUAUGUGUCAUAGUUUAGAGACUGACUGUGUGAAUUGAAAUAUGAAUUCAGAAGCAAAGAAUUACAUUAAUUCUUUUAUGACAUGAACUUUCAGAUUAGUAUCUAUAACACCAGACUUAACAGUAUUGUAUGCUUUACACCAAUUUAAUUUUAGAUAAUCUUUUUAUGGAGUUUUACAUACUUUAUAUUCUGUAUAUACUUAGUUAGAUUAAAAUAUUUUUAAAAAUCCUGUUCUGUGCUUUUCUCAGCCCAUUUUAGUGGGAUAUUAAAACAAU